AUGUCUAAGAUACCAAGGAGCUUUAGGUUGCUUGAAGAGCUAGAAAAGGGCGAAAAAGGAAUGGGACCUGAAUCAUGCAGCUACGGUUUAGCUCAUAGUGACGAUAUCACUAUGACCUAUUGGAAUGGAACGAUUCUUGGGCCUCCUCAUAGCAAUCAUGAAAAUCGGAUUUACUCUGUGGCUUUAGAGUGCGGCGAAGAGUACCCAGACAAACCUCCCAAGAUCAAGUUUAUAUCCAAGAUCAAUCUUCCUUGCGUAAACCAGACCACCGGAAAGGUAGAGGAAGACCGCUUUGAAACGGUGCGCAGCUGGAAACGCUCCUAUACCAUGGAAACACUGCUUUUAGAUCUGCGCAAAGAAAUGGCACUUCCGGCCAACAAGAAGCUACCUCAGCCCACUGAGGGCACCAAUUUUUAG